AUGACCUCUCAAGGAUGGGCUGGGCCCAAUGUCCUCUUGCUCCUUCUGCUGCUGCCGCUCCUGAGAAUGACCAGCCCCACCUUUGUCAGCGUGAACCUGGGAGUGGCGGUGAUGAAGGGCCGCUCUGCCUUCCUGUCUGAGGACAACCUGAAGUUUGCUGUCCCCAAAGAGAAAGAUGCGUGCAAACUGGAAGUGGUGAUGAAUGAACCGAUCACCCAGAGGGUUGGGACGCUCACGCCCCAGGUAUUUGACUGUCAUUUUCUUCCCAACGAAGUGAAAUACGUUCACAAUGGCUGCCCAAUCCUUGAUGAAGACACAGUGAAGCUUAGACUUUACAGAUUUACUGAAACAGACACCUUCACAGAAACCUUUAUCCUGCGGGUCUAUCUCCUGGAACCAGACUGUAACAUUAUCCGAAUGAGUAACAAUGUACUAGAGGUGUCUGAAUUCUAUGGCCUGUCCCGGGUGAUUGAUAAGAACGUGCUCAGCUUUGAUUAUGGUGGGGUGGCUAACCUGGAAUGCACCAUCAAGCUGGACCCUGUGGGAACCUGGCUGCCUGCCCAUGGCCAGAUGGUCCUGGUGGAGCCUGGUCCAGAGGAACCUCGUGGAGAUCAGCCACACAGUUUCUUCCCUGAGUCCGAACUGAGGACAGAACUGAAGUGUCCAGGUGGAACCUGUACUGUAGGACUGAAGAAAGUAGGAAGUCUCAGAGUGAGCUGUGAGGAGUUUCUGCUGAUGGGGCUUCGCUAUCAACAUUUGGAUCCCCCUUCGCCCAACAUUGAUUACAUCUCCAUCCAAGUGGAUCUGACAGAUAUCAGGAGUAAAAUCAUAUACAAGUCAGAGAGUGCGUGGUUGCCUGUCCACAUCAGAGCUGGCAUUCCCAAUCAGAUUCCAAGGGCUGCUUUCAUGGCCAAGUUUGUUCUGGAAGUGGAUCAGUUCAUCCUGACCUCCCUGACCACAUCAGUUCUGGACUGUGAAGAUGACGAGACCCCCAAACCCUUGCUGGUGUUCAACAUCACUAAGCCACCACUCCAGGGCUAUAUGACUCACUUGUUGGAUCACACCAGACCCAUCUCCUCCUUCACCUGGAAAGAUCUUAAUGACCUACAGAUUGCCUACCAGCCGCCAAACAGCAGCCAUUCGGAACGGAGAAAUUUUGAGGUGGAGUUGAAGGUCCAUGACUUCUUCUUUGAAAAGAGUGCAACAAUCACAGUACACAUCUCUAUCAGAACAGCAGAUACAAAUGCCCCACGAGUGUCCUGGAACACAGGCCUGAAUCUACUGGAGGGGCAGUCUCGGCCGAUCACUUGGGAACAGUUUCAGAUUGUAGACAAUGAUGACCUUGGUGCUGUCCGUCUAGUCACCGUGGGUGGAUUGCUACAUGGACGUCUUACACUACGAGGGGGGAAAGGAUUUCUCUUCACUGUUGCUGAUGUACAAGCUGGAGUUGUUCGCUAUCAUCAUGAUGACAGCGAUUCCACCAAAGACUUUGUGGUCUUCAGGAUAUUUGAUGGCCACCACAGCAUCCGCCACAAGUUUCCCAUCCACAUCUUGCCCAAAGAUGAUAGUCCCCCAUUCCUCAUAACCAACGUUGUGAUUGAACUAGAGGAGGGCCAGACUAUACUCAUCCAGGGUUCCCUGCUGAGAGCUUCAGACAUGGACUCUAGUGAUGACUACAUCUUCUUUAAUAUCACGAACCCCCCACAGGCUGGAGAGAUCAUGAAGAAGCCUGGACCAGGGUUGGUAGGCUAUCCUGUUCCUGGCUUCCUUCAGAGGGAUCUGUUUAAUGGGAUCAUUUACUACCGUCAUUUUGGUGGAGAAAUCUUUGAAGAUUCUUUUGAAUUUGUCCUAUGGGAUACUCACGAACCUCCGAAUCUUUCAAUGCCUCAGGUAGUGACAAUCCACAUCACGCCAGUGGAUGAUCAACUUCCACAAGAAGCUCCUGGAGUUUCUCGGCAUUUGGUUGUCAAGGAAACGGAGGUGGCCUACAUAACUAAGCAGCAACUGCACUUUGUGGACAUGGAGUCACAUGACAGGGAACUGCUGUACACAAUAACGACACCUCCAUUUUUCUCCUUUGGCCCCAGACAUUUAGAUGCUGGGAAGUUAUUCCUGGUGGACAGCAUACCAAAGCUAACCAAAAAUCCUGCAGCCCUGAGACUGAGGUCAUUCACUCAGCAUGCUGUGAGCUAUAUGAAAGUGGCCUACAUGCCGCCCAUGCAGGACAUAGGCCACCACCUCCGACACGUCCAGUUCACAUUUUCCGUCCGUAACCAUCAUGGCGGCACUUUACACGGAAUCUGUUUUAACAUUACCAUUCUCCCUGUAGACAACCAAGUUCCUGAGGUAUUUACCAACCCUCUCAGAGUGGCUGAGGGAGGUCAGUGCAUCAUCAGCACAGAACACAUUCUGGUUUCUGAUGUGGACACCAAGCUGGACAAUAUCUGCCUCUCCCUCCAGAGACUGCCUCUCCAUGGAAGGGUGGAACUUAAUGGAUUUCCUCUAAAUACAGGGAGCACAUUUUCUUGGGGAGAUCUCCAUGCCUUAAAAGUUAGGUACCAACAUGAUGGAUCUGAGAUUCUUCAGGAUGACAUAUAUUUGGAGGUCACAGAUGGCACCAAUUCUGCAGAGUUUGUUCUACACAUCAAGGUAUUGCCUGUAAAUGACGAGCCACCAGUGCUGAAGGCUGACCUACUCCCCAUGAUGCAGUGCUCGGAGGGUGGAGAGGUGGUCAUCACCUCCGAAUACAUUUUUGCUACUGAUGUGGACAGCGAUGACUCAAGGUUGAUGUUUACGAUUGCUCAGAAACCUCAGCAUGGAGUGGUGAAGAACGCUGGAGUUGUAACGGAUCGGUUCUUUCAGGAAGACGUUAUCUCAGGGGCUGUGACGUACACACACACAGGUGGUGAGAUCGGCCUGAUGCCCUGCUUUGACACCAUUACAUUGGUGGUUUCGGAUGGACACGCUGGCCCUGUCAUGACUGGCUGCUGUUACAGUGGCCCCCAUUCAUCUGUUCCUCUUCAUGAAUCCUUUCCAGUGUACAACCUCAGCGUCUCUGUACAUCCAGUAGACAACCAGCCACCUUCAAUUGCUAUCGGUACCAUGUUCCUUGUAGAUGAGGGUUUCUCAGCAGUGGUAACCAUUAACCAUUUGUCUGCCAAGGACCCUGAUACUGCAGCAGAUGACUUGGAGUUUGUUUUGGUUUCUCCUCCCCAGUUUGGUUACAUUGAGAACAUACUGCCUUCCGCAGGCUUUGAAAAAAGCAAUAUGGGCAUAAGUAUAGCUUCAUUCCAGUGGAGAGACAUAAAGGCACUGCACAUUAACUACGUACAAUCCAAGCAUCAGAGGGUCGAACCAACUGCCGACCAGUUCAUGGUGUACGUCACAGAUGGGAAACGACGCUCCUCGGAGAUACCAUUUUAUGUUAGAAUCAACCCCACAAAUGAUGAAGCUCCUGACUUCGUAGUGCAGAAUAUUACUGUCUAUGAGGGUCAGAUGAAAGAGCUGGGCUCUUCUAUCAGUGCUGCUGAUCUCGAUGUUCCUAAGGACGCCUUGCUGUUCACUGUCACUCAGCAACCUCACCAUGGCCUUCUCCUCUGUGUGUUUGCUGAGGGCCUCCCUCAGUAUAAGCCUCCAGCAAGCUCUAACCAGAACCAUCAACUUGUCCACAACUUCUCCCUGGAACUUCUCAAGCCUGGAAUGAGGUUGCUGUAUGUACACGAUGACUCUGAGAACUAUGUUGACGAUUUCACAAUCCAGUUGUCAGAUGGGAAACAUAAAAUUCUUAAAACCAUUUCAGUAGAAGUCACCCCUGUUAAUGACCAGAAACCAAAGCUGAGCAAGAAGGCAGAAAUUGUGAUGUCUAUGGGGGAAACCCGCAUUCUUUCUGGUGCUGUUCUUUCAGCCACAGAUGAAGACUCACCCAGAGAAAAGAUUGACUAUUUCUUUGAAAGGCUUCCCCAAAAUGGGCAACUUCAGCUUAAGAUAGGGAGGGACUGGGUCCGGCUCUACCAAGGCAUGAAGUGCACGCAGGAGGAAGUGGAUAUGAACAUGCUGAGAUACAGACACACUGGGGCAGUGGAUUCCCAGAACAGAGACAGCUUCACCUUCUACCUGUGGGAUGGUGACAACAGGUCACCAAUAUUUGACUUGCAAAUCACCAUCAAAGACAUGGGAAAAGGUAAUAUUGUCAUCCAUGCAAAGCCCCUCGUGGUGUCUGAAGGAGACAGAGGUAUCUUGACAACCAGCAGUCUCCUUGCUGUGGAUGGAACAGACAAGCCUGAGGAACUCCUCUAUGUCAUUACCUCCCCGCCACGGUAUGGCCAAGUUGAAUACCUCCGCUACCCUGGAGUCCCCAUUGCAAGCUUCAGCCAGAUGGACAUAGCAGGGCAGACAGUCUGUUACGUGCAUAAAAGCAAAGUGGCUGCCCCCAGGGACGCAUUCAGAUUCAUUGUCAGCAAUGGACUGCGGACGAAGCAUGGGGUCUUUGAGGUCACACUCGAAACCGUGGACAAGGCUUUGCCUGUGGUGACAAGGAACAAGGGGUUGAGACUGGUCCAAGGGGCUACAGGCCUCAUUUCCCCUGAGCUCCUGCAGCUGACCGACCCUGACACCCCACUGGAGAGACUCAGCUUCCUGCUUAUCCAGCUCCCACAACAUGGCCAGCUGUACCUGCGGGGGACAGUGCUACUUCAACCCAAUUUCACUCAACAGGACGUGGACAGCAGGAACGUGGCAUAUAGGCACUCAGGAGAAGAUUCCCAGAUGGACCGAUUUACUUUUGUUGCUACAGAUAGAACAAACCAAGGCUUUGUUGUAGAUGGAAGAGUGUGGGAAGAACCUGUUUCAUUCAUCAUCCAGGUGGACCAGGUGGACAUCACGGCUCCCUGGAUCACACACUUACAUUCUCCGUCACAAGUGGGACUCCUGAAAAAUGGCUGUUACGGGAUUUACAUCACAUCUCGUGUACUGAAGGCUUCUGCCCAGAACACCAAGGAUAAUCAGAUCAUCUUUAAGCUUUUACGAGGCCCACAUCAUGGGCAUCUGGAGAACAUAACAACAGGUGAAUUUAUCCAUGAAAAUUUCAGUCAAAAGGACUUAAAUAGUAAGACCAUUCUUUAUGUCAUGAACCCAUCAUUGCAAGUCAAUUCAGAUGUCAUGGAAUUUCAAAUCAUGGACUCUACUGGGAACUCUGCCCCACCUCAAAUUUUGGAGCUGAAGUGGUCUCAUAUUGAAUGGUCACAGACUGAGUUUGAGGUCUGUGAGAACGUGGGAGUGUUGCCUUUGGAAAUCACCAGAAAGGGGUAUUCCAUGGACUCAGCCUUUGUGAAUGUGAAGGUCAAUCCAGUGUCAGCUACAGUUGGGAAAGAUUUCACUGGGCCUCCCUCUAAGCUGAUUCAGUUUGACCCAGGAAUGUCAACUAAGAUGUGGAAUAUAGCAAUUACCUAUGACGGAUUAGAGGAAGAUGAUGAGGUCUUUGAAGUAAUUCUGAACUCCCCUGUGAAUGCAGUUCUUGGCACAAAGACAAAAGCUGCAGUGAAAAUUUUGGACUCAAAAGGAGGACGGUGCCUUCAGUCAUAUUCCUUCAACCAACACAAGCACAAUGCAUGGGACCCAGGCUCUUCCUCACCCACCGCCUUGGGCUCCUUCUAUCUGGGAAGAAGACCUCUACCAUCUUCCAAGAGGCUAGAGGUCACCAGAGGAGAUACCCCACAGGACUUUGAUUCUAUGACUCUUUCUCGAAUGAGGCUUAGGCCCCAUGGGAAUGGCAGAACAGUUCGUCCCUCCUCUGUUUAUAGAAACGCAACAGAUAUCAUCUAUAAUUAUCAUGGGACAGUUUCCCUGAAACUGGAGGAUGCCAGUUCCCCAAAGGCCAAAGUCUCCAUCAUGAGUCAGCCACAAAAGACAACUGAAGUGGCAGCACUCCCCCAAUCAGAUAAGGUGGAAUCCACAACCGACUCACACUUCUCCAGACAGGACCAGUUGCCCUCAUUUACAAAGAACUGCACUCUGGAACUAAAGGGCCUUUUCUAUUUUGAAGAACGCCUCCAAAAGCUGUACCAGUGCAGUGGGAUUUCCUGGAAAGCCUGGAGCCCCCCAACCAAGGAGGUGGAGGACAAAUCCUGCCCCGCUGGGUGGCACCUUCAUUCAGGCUACUGCCACGCCUUGAUCACAGAGCAGAAACACAGCUGGACCGAGGCUGCCCACGCUUGCAGGGAACAACACCUGGGCAGCCUUGUGACUGUGUUAUCAAGGCAGCAUAUGCGCUGGCUCUGGAACAUUAGCGGAAGGAGGCCCUUCUGGAUAGGUUUGAAUGACCAAGUACACAUUGGCCACUGGGAGUGGAUUGGUGGCGAGCCUGUCACCUUCAGCAACUGGAGGACACUGCCCCCUCAACCUUCAAAGCCUGGAAAGAACUGUGUUUUGGUUCAAAGACAAGGGAAAUGGCAAGCCAAGGACUGUAGGCUGGGCAAACCUCACAGUUAUGUUUGCUCCAGGAAACUCCCAGUGUAA